UAUGAGUUUCAUUAUCUUAAAACAUUAACACCCGAUGACAGUACCAUGAUACGUUUGUUAUCACGCAUUAAAGACAUGUAUUGGCUGGAUGGAGGUCAUGGAGGACAAAAGAAUACAUGGAUUACUUCGCGUAGUUUAUUGGAAACUUUAACAAGAAUGGGUAUGAAUAUACAUGUGCAUUUAACGCCGUACCAAGUACAGGACGAUAGGCGACCUUGGAUAAGAAAAGAAGAGAAAAUAUUUACUGAUAUGCUACGAAGGCUUGGAGCACCCAUUACAAGACAUUUACACUAUGAUAGUCAAACUGCAAAUUUGAUGACACAUUUUGAAGUGCUACAAGCAUUUUGUCAACAUAUACACCAUCAGCAACAGCAGCAACAGUCUCAAACUACAUCACAAACUGCGCAAACAAAUAAUACACAGAAUAAUGAUCAACUUACACUACCACAAGUAAAUAAUGCAAUUAAGGUGACAGCUGAAAAUACAGCUGAGGAGAAGUGACAUUAUCGUCGACGUAAUUAUCAUUAUUUGCGCAAAACAACAAUUAAUAAACAAAGACAACACAUGCUUACUGGUGUUGCAACUUCAUCAUUUGUAAAUAUACAUAACUAUAGACAACAUCAACUUCAUAAUCAGCAUCAUCACAAUCAUCAGCGCCAACGUCAUUUGCACCAGCAUCACCAUCAACACAAAUCUAAGUCCAAACGUAAGCUACAAAAGCUAUAUUAUUCGUUUAAGCUUUAGGUUAAAACUGUGCUGUUUUUUGCCCUUAAAAAGAAGAGUAGUUUUUUAAAUGAAUAUCAUGAAUAUAAACUUCAUGAUUAUCAUGAAUAUAAACUUCAUGAUUAUCAUGAACAUAAUUCUAGAAGCAAUAAGUUCUUCACACCUUUUAUCACCAGUUUUAAUAAAUCUCACUUUUCAACACACAGCAAAAAUAACAUCCGUCAUAAUAAUACUAAAAUGGUUUAAAAGUAUUAAGCAGAUUUUUAGAAAGUUAAUUUGUUUUAAAUGAAUUUUAAGUAAGCUUUCGUUAGACGCUGAAUUAUAGUGCAUAAAAUUUAUGGAUCAGAGGUUCAUUAUGAUAAUGCAUCUGAACACUGAGCUCUCAUCCUAAUAAUUAAUAAAUCAAUAACAUGUUAUCUAAUACAUAGCUUAAACUCGGAUAGCCAUUACUUAUGUACGUUUUAAAUAGUAAUCAAAAUCACGCACAAAAUAGUUUUAAAUUAUAGUUUUCUGUUGAAUCAUAUUGAAGGAACGCAGUUUAUAUUAUUAUUUUAUUAAUAUUAUAUGUUCAAUUUGCUUUCCGAAAAUUUCCAGUUUCAAAUUAAUCCUUCACUCAAUUGACUUAUAAGCAAGGUUCUU